AUCCAACCCCCACGUGCUGUGCCUCGCAUAUGCUAUUAGCAGACGCAAGAGAUUCGACGAGAAAAAUGCGGCGAGCUUCCCAGUUUGAUAAAAGAAUGAAUCUACAAUGAUAUACGGUGCUGGGGAUAGUCAAAGUGGAAGACAAUAUGCUGGACUUCGCCCAUGAUUGAAUGUCUGGGACAGUGAAUGACAAGGAGCCUUGGAGAAUGUCUGAGCUACGCGGGCGCGUCAGGGUAACCGGCCGACCUAUUCGAGCCUGUUCUCCCCCAGAAAAAGACAAAUGACGCUACAUCAGUCUGACAGCAACUCCAAAUUACACCGACUAAGGCCCGUUCUAUCAAUGCUACCCACCCACACGCCCGCAACGUGCCCCAUGGUUCGGCAUACGGCGCUAGUCAUUCGCGAGUUACGGGAUUUGCGUGAUGCUUAUUGAAAUACCGCCGGUCCUCUCUGUCUAGUACCUAUUCCUGACUCUUUCAUAGUCUUGUGUAGGACACGGCUGGGUAUCUCCAUUUACCUUGCGGAAACAUAAUAUACUGGCCUGACCUGAUUUACGAUCCAACGCCAUGAUCCCCCUCAGCCUUGUGGUGGCUGUGGCUGCCGUUGCGCCCACCGUACCUGAUUUAUCCAGUCACGUCUUUACCGAUACGGGCUCAGUUGGCGGUGGAAAUACGUUUCCUGGCGUAUCGCUGCCAUUGGGCAUUGUUAAGCUUGGGCCUGACUUGUACAAUGGUCCUGUUGAUGCCUACUCGGGGUAUCUUGCAGCGGGAAACAUUACUGGGUUUUCCAUGCUUCAUGAAAGCGGAACAGGAGGUGCGCCAAAGUAUGGCGUCGUUGCGCAGAUGCCUGUCGUCGGCACCGUGUCGAAUCUUAUGACGGAUAACACCAAUGAUACGCGCCAGUCGCCAGACUUCACCGAGGUUGGCUAUUACCGCUCAAAGCUGUCCUCUGGGACUACUGUCGAGCUUGCGGCUACUAACAAGGCUGGAAUGUUUCAAUAUACAUUCCCAACAACCGAUAAGGCUCUGAAUGUCUUUGUUGAUGUGUCUCAUGUCCUUUCGUCUUAUCGUGGCCAAGGGCUGGGCCAGCACUUCUUGAAUGGUAGCUUUGGGGUCGCAAAAGAGGCUAAUUCAGAGUUCCUUUAUUACACGGGCUCUGGAACUUAUGACAAUGGAUGGAAUCGAGCGACGCCGUGGACAGGCUACUUUUGCGGACAUUUCGAUUCACCAGCAACUUACAAGACUGUUGGCAAGAAUGAAACCGCGACGUCAGGACGCCUUGGUGCUCUUUUUACCUUUAACCAGACAAAGGUCACUUCCCGUGUCGGCAUUUCAUUUAUUUCGGAGGCACAGGCCUGCGAGAAUGUCGCAAACGAAAUACUGCGAGGCACACCUCUCGCUGACCUUCGCACGAGCACCCGAGAAGCGUGGAAUAAGCAGGUCUUUAGUAAAAUAUCGACUACGGACACUGACGUGAACAAGAUCAACCACCUUUAUACCGCCCUCUACUUCAUGCAUUUGCUUCCGCAAAAUAAGACUGGCGAGAACCCUCUGUUCAAAUCUACUGAGCCCUACUACGACGACAUCUUUACCUUCUGGGAUACUCAUCGUUGCACCACUUCACUCUUACAUAUUCUUCAGCCAAAGUACCACGAGGAGCUUCUCCGCUCAAUGGUUGAUAUCUGGCGCCACGGUGGCUGGGUGUCUGAUGCCAGAUCGUCGUUUUCUAAUGGUGCCGUCCAGGGAGGUUCCAACAGCGACAAUGUAUUUGCCGAUGCGUAUGUCAAGGGAGUUCGCGGCAAGGUGAACUGGGAUGAUGCCUUCAAGUCAAUGGUGAAGAAUGCUGAAGAAGUGCCACCAAACAACUUUGACUCCCGUGACCCUAGCGGAUCUACAAGAGAAGGUCGAAGUGCCCUACCAGAUUGGCUAAAGUUCGGCUUUAUCACACCAAAGUUCUCUCGAUCUGUGAGCCGAGCUGUGGAAUACUCUGUCAACGACUUCUCUCUGGCCACAGUCGCCGCUGGCCUAGGCAAAGGCGAUGAAUUCAAGAAAUACUUUGGGCGAUCCCAUAACUGGCAGAAUCACUGGAACACGAACAUGUCCGCUUUAGGCUUCAGUGGCUUUGUUGGGCCUAGGAAUGAGUCUGGAUUUAUGCCACAAGACCCGGUUUCAUGUGGAGGAUGCUACUGGCGAGACUACUACUACCAGGCCCUCCCAUGGGAGUACUCUUUCAAUGCCCACCACGAAAUCGAGAAGCUCAUUGGCCUUAUGGGUGGCGACCAAAAAUUUGUCGAUCGUCUCGAGAUGACCUUUAAGCCUGGCGUCUUCUCUGGAAACGGUGCAUUUGGCAACACACUUUUCAACCCCGGCAACGAGCCAAGCUUUACCACACCGUACCUGUACAACUUUGUUAACCGACAAGAUUUAUCUGUCAAACAGAGCCGCUUCAUCGCCAAGUCUUACUAUCAUGUAGCCCCCAACGGAUUGCCUGGUAACAGCGACGCCGGCGCCAUGGAGUCAUGGCUUCUAUGGAACAUGAUUGGAUUGUAUCCUAUGACUGGUCAAACGACGUUCCUGAUUGGAUCCCCAUGGUUUAACAACCUCAAGAUUAGCCUUGGCAAGGGCAAAUAUCUGACAAUCACUUCGACUGGAGGUAGUGAUGAUGCGUUCUACGUCCAGUCGCUUAAAGUGAAUGGAAAGGCUUGGAACAAGAGCUGGCUCAGCUGGAAUGACAUCUUUGCCCACGGCGGCACUCUUGACUUUGAGCUUGGCCCCAAGCCCGCCAACUGGACCGUUGGAGAACGUCCACCAAGUCCUGGAAGUAUGAGCGCUGCUGAUGGUGAAAAGUUUCUGGCUACACCUCAUUAAUCACAGAGCCAUUAACAUCGAAGGUUGGGGUAAUUGUAGAGACGGUAGAGGACAAAGUUAAAUGUACAAAUUUCAUAAAAUAAACUCCCUUUAUAUCGCAAAAUUCAAAUUGUUUUUAUGUUAUGGGUACCCCUCCUGCCCACGUCGCUACUAGCUCCAGACGUUGCGGAAUUCUUCGUCGUUAUUAUCCGGGAAUUUGGGACUAGAAGCAGGCUCGUCCUCCUGUUCGACAUCAACAUCUGGGGACUGCUCAGGAUGGGCUACAGAAAGGAGUGGUGGUGUUGGCUGCGUUUCGGCAGCUGGAGUAGGGUUGGAUGCUGAAGCGUUGGCGUCCGAGCUGCCUGUACUCAGCUUGGACUCGGAACCCUGACGUUUCGUACCCUUAUUGGCCUUCUUCUUGGUCUUGAUUGCAAUUACUGGUGGCUCUUGAACACCCUUGCCUUUGUUACGGGGGGUGACUGCGGCACCAGCGCGUGUCGAAUCGGGCCAACCAGUCUCUGUAGGCGAGUCAUUACGGUAUAGAUGCCGGGUUGAGUGGAAACGCUCCCUGAACGGCUCACUUGUAGUGAUGACUGGGUACUGGGAUAGUGUUAGCAGCAGCGACAAGAUUCGUUUCAUCAAUAUACAUACAUUCCAAUCGCCAUAUUCGAGUUGACGUGCCUUAUCAUAAAGGCGAUCCUCGUCGGCAUCAAUAGUCCAAUCUUCAAAGGUACCCAAGGCGUCUGGCCCGCUAGAUCUCUCUCCUAGCAAUGGCGACGUUGCGCUGGCCUCCCCGGGUCGUGGGAGCCAAUAUUUGCCUUUACCACCACGCUCAUAUCGCAUACCUUCCUUCAGACGUUUGACCCUGGAUUUGGAAUCUUCAUGUGCCAUGACCUUGUCGCCUGAAUCAAACGCUCUGUAUCCAUAUGUAUCGCCUUUGAAAGUGAGCUUUGAAUCCUCGAUCAAGUCCCGGAUGCCAAAGGCGUCGCGCAAUGCGAAGCCUAGAGGCAAACGGGCCGACAAGAUGUUAUUGUCGGCAAAGUCGUGCCAUGAAAACGCAUACCAAUGCGCUACUGCAAAGAUGGGCAUCUCUACACAAAUCAAGGCGUCUUGGAUUGCAGCAGCCAAGUUAUUUCUGGUGUAUCCCUGAACAUCGUCCGGAAUAGCGCCAACCCAGACUAGCAACGAGAGCAAGAAGCCUUGCCAGUAGGAUGCAAAAAUAAUCAGUUUGACACAAAGGAAUUUAGGGACAGGGCGGAACGGGACAAGGUCGCCAUGCAUGCAGACCCAAAACAAGCCUAGAGAGUACAGACUGACGGUGACGCUGAUGUUGUAGAUUAUACCACUCCAAAAGUAGCCAGAGCGAAUGCCGAUGUAGCCUUCCUGGUACGUACCGGUGGCUUUCAUGACAAUAGCAGCUAUACCCAGCAACGGCUUCAGCCAGGCAUAUUGUAGGAUACCACGCUUAAUACCCAGGAAAGUAUGAGGAUCUGAAAUGUCGACUUUGCGCAGGAAACGGUCCAUCGGCCAGAGGUGGGGGAUAGGAGCUCGACCAUGGGUCAUGAUGAUGAGAGCACGCUCGCCAUCUAAAUAGUUGAUGAGGAGUUGAAAAAAGGUAUAUAUAGUAAAGGCUUCGUAGACGUCUCGGAUGGGAUCAACAAACUGGGCGGCCGUCGAAGAGACCAUGCUGGUAAAAGAGGAAAUGGAAUAUAUCGGUACCAUGAGAAGGAUUCGCACGACAUAUCGUUGGAGUAGUGGCUUGCGGUAGUUCUUGGCCUGCAGCCAUAUCGAG